CACUGUCAAUUUCAUUUCCGGCGGCCAUUUUUCCAACCUUUUACAUCAAAACUUCUGUGGAAACGUGGAUGUCACAGUGAUUUCACGGUGAAAAACCCUUGGAAAAAUGGUGAACGUUCCCAAACAGAGGCGCACUUUCUGCAAAAAGUGCAAGUGCCACAAGCUCCACAAGGUGACACAGUACAAGAAGUCCAAGGAGAGGAGAGCAUCCCAGGGCAGACGUCGUUACGACAGAAAGCAGCAGGGAUUCGGUGGACAGACGAAACCCAUCUUCCGGAAGAAGGCUAAGACAACCAAGAAAAUUGUCCUGCGAAUGGAAUGUACCGAGUGUAAGUUCCGGAAACAGACUCCCCUGAAGCGAUGCAAGCACUUCGAAUUGGGCGGCGACAAGAAGAGGAAGGGACAAAUGAUUCAGUUCUAAACACCCGAUGAGUGAAAAUAAA